UUUCUACCCAAUUAAUUAAUUUUCAAAGUGGUAAUGUUCUGGUGCCGGUUCUGCAGAACGUUUUUUGGUUCAGCUUAGCACGUAACCUGCGGAAGAAGUAAUGCUGCUUUUAAAAGUUGGUGUAAUUGUAAUUUUAUUGCAUACGGUAUUCUGUUGGUUUACACCUAGUAUCAGGACAAGGAAAAAUGCUUUGGAUACAAGUUACUUGAUUAGAGCAGAUGGUGUUACAAGUGAAUCGGAUGAAAUCAUGUUGGAAACAGUUUUUUUUAACAGAUACGGACCCCGGAAAACAGGUUCCAGUAAAUUGGCUGGAAUUAUGCUUUAGCCAACAAAGAUUCUGCAUAGACACACGGGCUGAUAGCUACCUUUCCCGCAUUCUUGCUAAUUUGUUCGCACCAAGACAGACAACACAGUCAACAAGUCCAGGUCACAAUUUCACACAUGCCACCGUACUGCAAACAACCAUCGAUAAAACCUAUGAGUGCGGAAUGUGUGACCAAUCAUUCCCCAAGAAGAGACAGCUGGCAGUUCACAAGCGCGUACAUGCCGGCACUCCUGUGAUAUUUGCGGUAAAGCAUACACCAAGGGUAUAAAUCUAAGCCGGCACAAACGGAUACACGCCGGCGAACGACGGCACCGUUGUCGGAUAUGUGGCAGAGAAUUUUUCACUUCAGAGCAAUUGGAUCAGCACCGGCUUACCCAUAAAGAUCAGGCUUACAUUUGCGAUAUCUGCAGUAGGAAGUUUACCGAAAACAGUAGUCUCACGCGACACAGACUUAUCCAUGCAGGUGAGAGAUCGCACAAGUGCGA